UUCUCAAAAACUCCCUUUUUCUGAGAUCCGUUCUUUUAAUAAUCUUGGUGGACGGCCAUGGCUGACUCAGCUCAGAGCUUUAAGUUUCAAAUUCACAUAUAUAUAUGGAGAGUUGGAAGCACAUUGAUCAUCCACCCUCACUCUCCUAAUUUUCUCUGUUUAUACAUAGAAGUAGAAGCAAAAAACAAUGGAAGUUAGGAUGGCACGAGAAGUCGCCAGGAUCCCAGUUGGCUCCACGACAUUACGGCCAGUUGAGAAGUCGUUGAAGAGACUGUUGCCUGCUCCAGUUGGUUGCCAAUCUCCUGAUGUCGAACCCCGGGCGACAAAACAAUGUAGAGAGGAUACAGUUGUUAGCAGGAGGAGCAUGGUUGGGAGUUUUGCACAAGGAGUUAGAGAACAUGUUGCAGUGAGAUUAGGACAAAAGAUCAGAGAAACAGUGAAGGGAAAGUUGAAUUUGGGAGCAAAGAUUCUUCAAGUUGGUGGGUUGAGGAAAGUUUACAAGCAGUUAUUUAGUGUAAGAGAAGGAGAGAAACUAUUGAAGGCUUGUCAAUGCCAUUUGUCAACCACAACAGGACCUCUUGCAGGUCUUCUCUUCAUAUCAACACACAAACUUGCCUUUUGCAGUGACAAGUCCCUCAAACUCUCUUCCCCAACUGGAGAGCUCCUAAGAUUUCAUUACAAGGUGGUGAUUCCUGUGGGGAGGAUAGAGAGAGUGAACCAGAGUAAGAAUGUGAUGAAGCCUUCACAGAAGUACUUGGAAAUAGUAACAGUGGAUAAUUUUGAUUUCUGGUUUAUGGGGUUCCAAAAUUUCCAAAAAAGUUUUAGAUCUCUACAACAAGCUAUCUCUCAGGAGUGGAAGAUGAAUUGCUAGUUAUGUUUGGAACUUGGAAGAAACAUGUUUGGUAGAAGUGUUUUAGUUUCUUUUCUAUUUCUUUGUUAUCCUUCUGCUUCAAUAAUAUUUACUUAUUGGAGCUAAGGAAAUCUAGAUUGAUACAAUAGGCUCAAUUUGUACAAAUUUCAAUUAGAAUCAAUGUAAGUUGAUAUAUAUUACAUA